UCAGAUGCAGAAUAGGGCGGAACUUCGCGAAAUGCUAGUGGGGAAAAAAAAACAACGCUGGCUAAGUCCAUGCUAGCGAGGUAAUAUUAAUGGUUGUUCUCUCUAUUGGAUAUUUCCCCCUGUUGCUAACUCGAAAUGGGCAAGAGAGACAAUCGAGUGGCUUACAUUAACCCCAUUGCUGCUGCAAGAGCCAGGGGACCGGCAACGACCUCUGGACCAACCAUACAGGAUUAUUUGAGCAGACCUCGACCAACAUGGGAAGAGUUAAAGGAGCAGCUGGAGAAGAAGAAGAAAGGCUCUCGAGCCCUGGCUGACUUUGAGGACAAAAUGAACGAUAAAUGGAGGAAAGAACUGGCCAAAAACCGAGAGAAGUUAAUGGGUGGAAGUGACAAAGAUAAAGAAAAAGACAAAAAGACAACAGAAAAGGAAAAAGAGGAGAAGAAAGAGAAAAAAGAGAAAAAGAAGAAGGAGAAGAAGAAAUCCAGCAGGCAUUCUUCAUCUUCCUCCUCCUCAUCGAGUUCUGAUUCCUCCAGCAGCUCCUCCUCAGAAUCUGAAGACGAGGAUGAAAAGAAGAUUGUGAAGAAAAAACGAAAGAGAAAGAAGUCAUCAGCCAGGAGAGCAUCAGACAGUUCAGAGGAAGAAUCUGAUGCAGAAAGCAAGAAGAAAAAGAAAAGAACUAAGGAAGAAGGGGAGAAAGAUAAGGACGAAAAGGGCCGUAAAAGAAAAAGGAAGGCCGAGCGAAGUUAUAAAGACUCCUCUUCAGAGUCCUCUGUGGACUCUGAGGGAGAGGACGUAUGUAGAUAUCUGAACUUGGAAGAUGGAGUACCCAGAGAAAACCCACGCAGGCACAGGGAGAACAUGCAAACUCCACACAGAAGGACCCAGACCGGGAUUCAAACCUGGAACCCUCUUGCUAUGAGGCGGCAGUGCUAACCACUGCACCAGCGUGUCGCCUGCAUGGUGCAAUGCCAAGUAAAAUUACGUUUUAGUUCUCCCUCUAGUUUUCCUUCUGCACUGCAGGCUUUCUGUCAGUCAUUUCACUUGUCACUGUUGCCACCUCUAAUGUAAAAAACAAAACAACAAAAACCAAAACAUUUUCUAAAGGCUGGCAGUGUUUGACUUUCAUUUAUCCUAAAUCAGGAGGACGGUCAUGAACCGAGGUUGGCCCAUUGAGAUUGACAGCUUAAAGAGUUCAACUCAUGUCACUCUAAAUGAGCCAGACUGCUCACAGCAAGUGACUACCAAGAUGCUAGAAUUAUUAGUCAGGAAACCAGACUUAAACCUCAUGAACUGCCACCAUAAAAAAAUGUAGUGCUUGGCAUUGCUGUUGAAUCUUAGUGAAGUGAAAUGAGUCCAAAGAUCAGCCUGUUUCUUCUAUCAGUUGGGUAUUUUUUCCACCACGUUAGCUGAGUGGUGAAAUUGUUCACUGUUGUGUGGCUCGUGCAUUGUUAACACUGCUACAGCAAAGGAUGGGAGACAGUAAAUCCAACAUGGAGGCAUGGAGUCGGUCAGGUGUCAUCGGCUGGGCCUGUGCUCUUUUUUUUUUUUUUUUUUUCUUUCAUCACCAAAAUUAAUUUCAGUGUUACUUUCAUGAAUGAUUUAAGGAAAUUUCAUUAGUUUUUGUUAAUAUAUUUGUCUUGACAUUGUCUCAUUUUGGAAAGAUGGAUUGAUGAUGAUUUAGCAUAUAUAUGUACGUAUAUAUAUGGGGACUGUGUUACUAUGGUGUGUGUGUGUGAACGCGAUAAUUAAUUAAUGCCGACAAUUAUUUUAUCGUGCAGUAUUUUUUGUUAUAAUAAGGCGAAUGUUUGCCACAGCAACAUAUUAUCAACCAGGCAUGCUAACAAUUUUUGUUCAGCAGUUUAGAAAUAAACAAUUUGAGUCAGAAACAGAUGACCUUAUAAACAUUUUUUGAUUUGGAAAUGCCGCAGUUCAGAUAAUUGUGAAACAAAUUAUUGCAUGAAAAGGACUUUUUAGUAUAGCUUCCCUCUUCCCAUGGUCUCAUUUCAACUUUUAACUCCCACAGGCUGAAGUUAAGAAGAAAAAGAGAAGUAGUGAG